GUUUGUUCGUCCGCGAUAAAGUGUCACGCGUUUCGCGCCGCCGAAAUAUUUGCGAGAAGUUGUCAGUGACUGUGCGCUCGACGAGAAAAGUCGUCCAUCGUUUUGCAGAGACGCAUUAUUGUUGACGACGUAAGAAUAAGAUAUGAUGAUUUUGGUGCUUUCAUUGAGAACUCACGACAACGCUCUCUUCGCGUUAUUGGUCCUCUUCGAUCCGCGAUCGUAUCGCAUCGUACGCGCUACUUUCGCUGCACCUUGAAAAGUGGCAACUCAGUCUUCGAUCGAAUUGAAUUCUAACGGUUGCAACGGAUUCAGAUUCACAUCGGCGAUAAUUAACGAUACCGUAUAAACUUUUACAACAUUAUAUCUUUUUAAUUACAAAAUACGAUCUUUACAAUUCGCGUCGAAAUCAGUGUCGAAGUUAAAAUUUCAGUGUCGAUUUCGUCCGUUUCCGAAUGUGAAACAUUUAUAAACGGAUAAAAAGCCAUACUUGUUCAAUGAAAUUCUGUUCGUUUCCUUUACGUGGAUUGAGAGUCACGCCAAAUUAUUUUGGGGCGAUGCACCGGAAAUUAUUUCGAGUCGCGCGAAGUGAGCCAUUCUUCUAUUCUUUGUGCAGAUUUGAAUCCCCCGCAGCGUCAAAUGCCGGCCGGAACCCGUGCGCGCUCCCGGUAAUCUCGACGGAAUCCCGGCGAUCGUGAAUUCGUGAGUGUACAAAUAUAAUCGUAAGAGCAGCCGAGGAAUCUCCAGAGAUGCGUCUGCAUCGGGCGCAAGUGUCGUGGAAGGAGGAGGACGAUUCAAUGACAGAUCAUGAAGCGUCGCAGUGUGGACAUCGCUAAGGAUCAUUAUUUCUGUCACGACAUCUCACUCACGGGUUUGGGUAUAUACUAUGGAAGUGCGAACAGAAAGACUACGGACCGCCGGUCGAAUAGCGCCAACCGGAAGAGUAACACCGACAGUGCAUCAAACUGGUGGAGGCCGAAGAAAAGCUAUACCGGUUCCACCACCGAGAGUACCAACUCCUAUGCCUACUGCGAAUAAUAAUCAACAAAGGAACAAUGCCAACGUUGUCGUCCCGCCCACCAUAUCGGCCGUGUCGAAGAAAGAACCGCAAGAAAACAUCGCCCGGAUAGCGAAGCGGUACCUCGACGAUAACAUGCAGCAGGCGUGGAUCAAUCCUCGUCUAAUAUCGAUGAUAAAUAUGGAAGCGGUGACUUCGACCGAUUACGAUUCCACGAAUCUCAGCAAAAAUUUCAAUCAGGUCGGCUUUAAUACCUAUAAUUACUCGCAGUUUGAGGAGAAGUAUAAGCCACGGCAAAUUUUUAAAUACGGUGACGAGUAUCUUGAAUAUGGGCAUAGAAUCGGUGUUAAUGAAAGAUUUGCGCGAACGAAAUAUCAGGAUGGUUCGAGAUUCGAUCAGCGAUAUUCACGUAGCCAUUCUCAGCCAGAACGGCAGCAUCACUUCUCGCAAGAGACCCGUUCAAAGUCCCAGGAUUCUCGCGAGCUCACGUUUUAUCAGAUAGACCCACCUAUGAAAUCGGAAAAUCCACGACAACACGACAAGUCGCAUCAGAAACUGAAGAAGGAUCUGACCUUUUACGAACUCGAUGGACUCCCGUCCGGUCAGGAGAGGAGGGAUAAAUCCGAAGUGUGCAAAGAGCGUGCUGAUAAAAACAUCAAGUCCCAUGAUAAGUUCCUCACUGGUGGUCAGGAGAGAUCGCAGGCCGCAAAGCAUGGUAGGCAGAGCCAUCAGGAGCAGCAGAAGACGUUGGCGAAUGCACCAACAUCGAAUUAUCACCAGCUAAACCGAUCGCAGUCAGAUCUCACGGAGUGUCAACUGCCGAAUUACUACGGGCACCGGAAUAAUCCGUACAUCGAUCCGCCUAAGUAUCGACAGUUCGACAAGCCGCCGCGCUAUCAGGAGACUCCGCUAAGAUCAGAACUACCACCCAAGUAUCAUGCCGAUCCGCCUAAGUAUGUCGAAGUGUCCAGACGGCAAGACGACUUUAAGAGGAUCCAGACGUGCGACGUGCGCAGCAAUAGCAACAAUAACAAUAACAAUAACAACAACAGUAAGGAAAACCUGUUGCAAGAGACCGGCAUUGAUUGCGAGUCUCGGUACCACGUCGAGUCAUUAAAGAAUCAUCAGCAUCAUCAUCAUCAUAACCAUCAUCAUCAUCAUCAUCAUCAUCAGCAGUAUCAUCAGACUCACGGAAUCGAUAGUAGCAACGUUGCUAGCGAUAGCGUCGGUAAUGUUUUCCCAGAUGGUGAUGGUGGUUCAUACGGUGAAAUAACGACGUGUGACAAGUAUAAGGGCACUGGGUCGGAGUCGAAUCGGAGCAGCAGCGGCGACGGGGUUCAAGGUCGCAGCGAGAGAUCCAUGCUGAAGAUCGAAAAGCUAUCGGGAAAGGCCGCUCUGCACAGCAGCGGCGAGUCGGCGGUCGGCAAGUGUGGCACGGAGAGAAUGAAGUCGACCUCGCAGGAGGUCAGUUACAACAAGCACGAGGGCAGCAAGGCCAAGAGCCACGAUGUUGGGCACGGUUACAAGGUCGAGAAUCUGCGUUACUACGGCGAACUGAAGGGCUAUGCCGACUUCAAGGCUUACGGUACCGUGGAUAAGCAACCGGCAUCCGUACUCGUGUCCGCGCACGAGAAGUCACAUCUUCUCCACGCUCCUACCUCGUGCGAGAAGGGCGACAAGUGUCACAGUAAGACAUCAUUCUCAUCCGCGCAGGGUUACAAUCUGGCCAAGAUCGGUCAACAGACGGAUAAGAGUCAUCAUGGUGAUCACUACUAUCAUAGAUCACACUCGAAGCCACCAAACGCCUAUCAAGUGUACCAGGAGACCAAAUACUCGUACAACGUGAGCGGGGUGCCCGGGACGCCGGCGCAGGCCAGUGCAGCCGCGGCCUUCUUCGCAAGGUCAGUGUUCACUCAAUCUAGCGAGUAUGAUAGCGCGUCACGAUAG